AUGGACAGUUCGGCUAUUUGGCAAGUUCUUAAUGAAGACAUUCCUGACACCACGCUGUUGCAAGUUGCCCGUCAUAUCAGCAAAGAGAAGUUCUAUGAAAUCGGGGUUCAACUGGGAUUUGACGAGAUAGAGUUACAACACAUCGAGCAUCGAUCCCUGUACAAUAGGAAGGAUGCUAAUAUCCAAAUGCUCUCGAUGUGGAAAGCAUCUCAAAUAUCAUCAGAUAAACCGGAUGAGAAACUGAAAAUGGUCUGGGAAUCUUUGAAUGAGGCCUCAAAAGCGACGGACAAAAAUGAUGAUGAGAAUAGAGAUGAAGAUGAUGGCGACACUCCUCUUAACCCGGAAGUGAAAGCUGACCCAUCACCACAACAAGAACCAGAACAAGAUGAAGAGGAAUACAAUGAAGAUUGGAAGAUCAUCGAAUACUUAGGGUCAGACAGAGAUGAAAUUGUUGGAGACUUAGACGAGUAUGGAGGUUCACCUGGUAAUUCAGAACUUUGUGCAGUUGUUCGUCCAGUGGCGAAUGUCACGUUGGCCUUACAAAUAGCUAAAGCUCUUCGCUUGGACGUUAAUGACAUCAUAGUUCUCAUUGCUCCUCGCGACACUGGAUUAAUGGAGAGACUAGCAUGGAAACUCCUUGAUCAAUGGUGUAGACGUUUAGGAAGACGGGAGAAGGGAGAGAAGAUGGCUGCGCUUCUUCAAGGAUACAACAUCGGAGAUACUUACACAGGUAUUGGUGAAAUCUCUGCCAAGAUUCGUACAACUCCAGACUUCAUCGACCUCACCCAACGGCUGGUUCUACCAGCUUCUGAAAUUCUUCAGGUGAUGUCAUCGUAUUUGACAUUUGAACCUGCCUUGAUACGUCUGGUGAUUCUCCAAAUGCUUCAGAGAUGGGUCAAACAAGGAGGAACAAGGUUGAGAUUGCUUGAAAUUGCUCAAGCUUUUAAUUUCACUGAUGCUGCAGAACACAUAGCUACAGCCAUGCAACAUCACCCGGGUUUCUUUGUUCCGUUUGCACAUGGCAUUAUUGAUCACGAUGGUGCAGAGCUGAAACUAGAUGACCUUGGCAUCAGAGUAUCCAUUCCUUCAGGAGCGAUUUCCAAAGGAAUUAGAUCACUUGUUACUCUCACUGUUCUAAAAGGAAGUUCAUCCACGUUACCCCUGGAUGCUGGCGAGGUUCUCAUAACACCGAUCAUCCAGUGUUCCAUUAACCAAGAUCUUCUCAAACCUGCAACCACAGUGCUUCCUCAUUGCAUCACACCAGAUCAAUAUAAACAGAAGAAACAAGACUUGCGUAUGAAGCUUUACAGCAAAAUAGGACCAGGAGAAUUUGGGUAUAGGACAUUGCUUCCUGAAUCUUCAAGAGACUUCGAGACCGCCGAAGACAGGGUUACCUUCUCAACGCGUCAUCUUCAGUACUUUGCUCUGUCUUCAAACGACAUUCAUGGAGUUCAGUUUAUCUGUGAAGUAUCACAGCCUCUGUUCAUGAGCAACCCCCCGCAGCCAACUCUACGAAUCUACAUUGCACAUCCUUACAACAAAGACUCUGCAAGUGUAAAAGGACAGAAUUACAGCUUAUCGGAACCAUUCUGCGAAGUCACGACUGUAUUCAAAUUUAGUCUGGAAUCUGCUGAAGAUAACAUCAAGCUUUCGUGUUUCUCUGGCUCAGAGAAGACUCAAGAAACUGUUCACGUGCGUUGCCUACUUUCUGGAGGUUGUAAUACUCAAGACAUCAGUCUGCCGCCCUCAACCGAUGAUAAGCGUGUUCGUGUUUGCAUUGAGCAAGGCCCAUCAAUACUUGCAGAACAAGAAAUUCAUAUCUCCAAAGAAGUGGAACCUGACUACGACAAAGCUCAAAGAAGAGGCCGAAUGAAGUUCGUUUCAAACAGCAUGAUACAGGUACUGACUGAUAUAGUUUGUGGAAUAAAUGAAGCAAGUAAGCUUGGUUACAAACUCGGUUUCUCCUAUUCAACGGUGGAGAAAUACUUGGUCAGAGCUGACUUUUCGGCCAGAACCGUCUCAAGAUCAGGUCUUAGGGAGAUGAUUGAAGACUGGAGACAGCGUGUCCGACCCAGUGAGCAGGUUGAGAAACUCCAACUUGCCCUUGAGGCUGCACGGUUAAGACACGAAGCUGAAAUUCUCUUUGACAAAAGUUAG